UGUUUGAACAUAAAACAGAAUUUUCUAUAAAGGACAUAUUGUCUCUAAGAAAUUGUGGUUUUGGUUGUUAUUCAGGAAACACUUUUUCUGUGCAAAACUAAUUUGUCAAUUUUGUACAGAAUAGAUCUCAAACUGUGAAUUGUUCUCCUCAAAGCGCCUGAAACUUGAAGACACUUAAAAAAACAAACCAUUUUCAUAUAUUUCUGAACGCUUCAAAAUAGGGGGUUGGAAAGUGGUGCAUAGGAAAGGAGAUGUCUAGUCAGAGAAUCUAAGUGAUAUGAAAUAAUAUUAACAUUCUCUUUCUCCAGGUUCAUUUCGGUUCAUCUGAUAAGUCUUCACACAAUGCAUGUCCUGCAGAUCUGUGCAGUGCUUCUUUCUUUUGUCAGUCUCCUGUUGCUCCUCAUUUCUCUGGGCUCGAACAACUGGGUGGAACUAAUUGGUUCCAACUUUGGCCUGUGGAAUCUCUGCAACUCUCUUGGGUGUUUUAAACUUUCGUCAGGAUCAAGUUCAUUUGAGGCUACCCGGGCUUUCAUGUUGCUUGGCAUGAUCGCCGGUGCUGUCUCUUUCUUUGGACUUUGUUUCACCUUUUAUAAGUCCCGUCUUGGCUCCAUCUCCCUGGCCAAGGUGUCAGCGAUUAUCAGCUUUGCAGCAGGUGCUUGUGCUUUGAUUGCCAUGUCUGUCUUCACAGCUGCCACAACUGUAAAUGGUACAUCUUCUUGGUAUGGAUGGUCAUUUGGCUUGGGCUGGGCCUCCUUUCCUUUCUUCCUUCUAACUGGUGGUGUUGCAUUUGCAUUACAAAGUGUGACAACAGAAUGAACAUGCAGAAAAAUCUGUGCUUCCUUUCAAGAUCAUGACUUUUGGAGUUAGACAAGUACAAUGGAGCACAGACACAGCAUGUAAGCUGAACUUGGAGCAAGCCAUUAUUUAUAGAAGGCAACCCGGUGUAAAAACAAAUGCUGAAUGGAUUUGGACUUUGAUGGAAGAGAUCUGGUUCUGCUGUCAUCUCCACCCUUUUCUCUUCUCCAUCAUACACAUACAUACCUGUAUUUUGGGAAGGAAUUCUUUUUUUGUAACUAGUUAAUUGCUAGCUUCUGAAUCAGACCUUGGUGUAAUUCUUUUCACAAAGUUUGUUUUGAAAUUUUGCAAAUACAAUGAUUAGGAGAUUUUGUGUGAUCUGUCUUUUUACAACACUUAUGUCAGAGGAAAAGGUGUUUUGCAUCAAAAUGAGUACUUGGCCACGGUAGUCCACGCUCUAGUAACAUCCCGUAUAGACUACUGCAACGCUCUCUACGUGGGGUUGCCUCUGAAGACUGCUCGGAAGCUUCAAAUGGUCCAACGAUCGGCAGCCAGGUUGCUAACAGGAGCGGCACUCAGGGAGCAUACCACUCCUCUGUUGCGCCAGCUCCACUGGCUGCCAAUUUGCUACCGGGCACAAUUCAAAGUGCUGGCUUUAGCCUUUAAAGCCCUAAACGGUUCUGGCCCGACCUACCUGUCCGAACGCAUCUCCUCCUAUGAACCAGUUAGGACAUUAAGAUCAUCUGGGGAGGCCCUGCUCU